UGCGGGGGAAGCCGGACGGGCCAGGGACAGAGAGGGAGCGGCGCACACCGAGCUCGGGAGGAAGCUGCGGGGACCGGAGCCUUGUCCCGGCCUCCGCGGGAGGCCAGAGGGAGGCGGGGGCCCAGCGAGGAAGGCGAGGAUAAAUGGGUGUGUAUGACUUUUCCCCUGACCUAAGGCGGUUCCAUGUCUUGUUUGGACUGCUCCUGUAUUCUGCGUACACCAGUUGAAUCAAUCAGACCAGAAGAGCUAUCUCAGAGCAGCAUCCAUGAAUGCCUGGCUGAUUCUAAUCUAGCCUGGAUUCCCCCAUCUACAGGAAAAAAUGAAAUGGUAUUUUGCUCUUCUAAUGUCUCUCACUAUGAACUCCAGCUGGAAAUAGGAAGGAGGUUCAACAAUUUAACUUCAGUCUACCUUGCACGGCAUACACCUACAGACAGGCAAGUUGCUGUAAGGAUCACAGACCUUGAAAAUUGCUCUGAAGAGCACUUGAAAGCCUUACAGAAUGAGGUGGUUUUAUCACACUUUUUCCAGCAUCCCAACAUAAUGACAUUUUGGACAGUGUUUACAGCUGGAAGCUGGCUUUGGGUCAUCUCCCCAUUCAUGGCCUAUGGUUCAGCUAGACACCUGCUGAAGACUUACUUUCCUGAAGGAAUGAGCGAAGCUUUGAUAGGGAACAUUCUGUUUGGUGCAAUCAGAGGAUUAAAUUACAUGCACCAGAAUGGAUAUAUUCACAGGAAUAUUAAAGCUAGCCACAUUCUGAUUUCAGAGGAUGGGCUGGUUGCUCUCUCUGGCCUAAACAACCUCUACAGUUUAGUUAGCAAUGGACAGAAGUCAAAGGUAGUGUAUGAUUUCCCCCAGUUUAGUACAUCUGUGCUUCCUUGGCUGAGUCCUGAACUACUGAGACAGGAUUUGUCUGGCUAUAACAUGAAGUCUGAUAUUUACAGUGUGGGAAUUACAGCAUGUGAAUUAGCCAAUGGACACAUUCCAUUUCAAGAUAUGCCUCGCACUCAGAUGCUGCUGCAAAAGCUGAAAGGUCCCACCUACUGUCCUUGGGAUAUAAAUACCUUUCCCCGGGGGGAAUCCAGGAUGAAGAAUUCCCGAUCAGGUGUUGAUUCUGGAAUUGGUGAGAGCAUGACACGCACAAUGACCAGUGAAAGACUUCAAAUGCCCUUUUCCAAAACAUUUUCACCUGCAUUCCACAACUUGGUGGAACUUUGCUUGCAGCAGGACCCUGAGAAAAGGCCAUCAGCAAGCAGUUUGCUUUCGCAUACGUUCUUCAAACAGAUAAAGGAACAAACACAGAAUUCACUACUGUCCCUAUUACCACCUCCUAUUCAAAAUAACAGAUCAGAGUUCUUGGCACUGCCCUCAGCAGUUGGGGCUGAACUUGGACGUAUUGCCACAAAUCAAGAUGAUACAGACUGGGAAUUCUAAAUAAAUACCAAUGAUACCUCUCCAGUGUUUCAGAGAAGGAAAAUGUGAUUUGUAUUUGCUGCUUUUGUAUGGUUAAAAUACAGUUAGACCAAGUAUACUUGAAAUGCCAUGAAGUGGCUAUAAUUCAUUAACUCCCUCUUGGCAUCACAAAAUGCAAAAUGUGCCUCACUCUGACUGUAAGGAAAAUUGUAUAUAAAGAAUGGCGGAGUGCUCACCUCUCUCUUUCAAAGUCUUUCUUAACAAGAGAACCCCUGCUGUAAUCUUACUCUGUACUGUAUUAUCAGCUCAUAGUGCUGCAGGCCACAUGCCUUUCUGAAUUCAGGCCUGAGGUUUGUCUGUGAUCUUACCUAAACAUCUAUUUGUCUUUUCAUUAUGACCCAUAUCAUUUUAGUAAGGAGAAAUCCUCCACCUCCAAGUUGAAAUGUGAAGCUGCACAGAUUCGUUGCUUAUGCAAAUAAAUGUUUCUCUCUCAAAAGACAUUUUUCUCACUUGACACACUGUCAUAUUUGCCAAAAGUUAGCUAUGCACCAUUUUUCAUGCAGUUUUAAUACUGUGUGUUGCCCAAAGAAGUUAAGCUGCUUGAAAGUGGGACUCCUGCUCUUGCAUCUGUACACAUUCUUAGUACAAAUCUGGGCUUUUGCUCCUCUAUUUAUUGUUGUAUCAUUUUAGCAGUUAAUCUGAGGAUGUCUCACUAUGCAAAGUAAGUCUUGAGUUCUAGCAGGUACGGGUUAAUUUUGAAGAGUCAUAUUAAAUAAUCUGAAGUUAUUGUACAUAUUUUUAUUUCUACUGUAUUCCUGUUCACCACCAGAAUUGACCAGAACCUAAUGCUAUUUCUCAGAAGAAAAGGCAACAUGCAUUAAGCUUCACUGGCACUGCUGCUGGCAAACAAGCCUCUUCUGCAAGGCACAGUUAAAUUCCCUGGAUCAAUUCAGCCAUACUAAGAAACUAAUAGAUCCUAGUGAAUUUACCUGUUCUAAGUCAGAUGAAAAGCUGUCUUCUCCCUAUAAUUCAGUAAAUUCUCAUCUCUCAUACUGUACCAGGCAACUCAAACUGAACAAAAGCAGCUUUUUUCUUUGAGAAAAUGGAUAUUCUCAUCAUGUUGUAGCAAAAGUUUUGUCCCAAAGCCUCUAGUACUUUCUUGAUGGAAGCAUGAUGAUAAUAAAAAAGUAUAAAUAGA